AUCAGUAGUGCAAGGGCGACGAGUUACGAUGACGGCCAGACUAACUGCGCUCCUGUUUCUCAGCACAUUGUCUCAGAUUCAUGCACUGCAACCGGUUUCUAUGGUCACAGUGGAAGUUGGCGUUAACAUCACGUUUGUAUGCCCACACACCGAGAAUAUGGGAGACAUAUUUUACUGGUACAAGAUGAAGGUCGGAUAUACGAUUGAAACAGUCGUUGAGGGCUAUUUUGGAGAGCUAUCUCUACGAGGUCCGUUUAAGAACGGCAAAUUCUCAAGUACACGUGAGGGCAAUAUUUACUUUUUAAACAUUACAAGUGUGAGCAAAGAAGACGAAGCCACGUACACCUGCCAGGCUGGGACGUCAUACAACAUGAGGUUUAUUGACAGCAUGCAUUUGCUUGUGAAAGAUCCAACACACAAGUCCUUCUAUGUGAAGCAAAUUCCUCGGGCUGAAACCGUUGAAACAGGCCAAUUGGUGACACUCCAGUGUUCAAUUUUCUCGCGAAGCGAGGAUGAUAGUCGGUGUACAGAUGAACCACGAGUGUAUUGGUUCAAAUCUGGAUCAGGAGAUACUUACCCGCACGUCAUUUACACCGAAGAAAAUGAAGAAAAUGUCAACGGAAGCUGCAUCUAUCAUCUGUCCAAACACAUACAGAACACAUCUGAUAGUGGGACGUACUACUGUGCCGUAGCGACAUGUGGGGAGAUCGUCUUUGGCCAAGGAACUCAUGUGACGACGCGUCAAGAUCUGAAAGCGGUUGGCAUCGUACUCGGGGCUCUGCUGGCCUCCUCCAUCGUUGUUGUCACUGUUGUUGUGGUCUGGUGACUUUUCAUUCAGUUCACAUUUGUUGCAUUCAGAUGAAAAAUCGCUGCUUCUUUUAGUUAAGCAAAGUGAAUUUGAUAGCUAAAAUCUUACAGACACUGUAAAAAAUAACAAAGCAGAACUUGAAAUUUCUAGUCAACCUAUUUCACUUGCAUUUGCUUGAAACUUGAAAAUCCAAGUUACUGCCAAAACAAAAAAAAAUAAGAAAGCUGAGCUCAACAUUUUAAGUAAUGUGCCCUUAUGUUAAGUAAGCAGAACUCAUAUCUGGACUUCGGAUUUAAGUGUAAGCAUAUACAGUUUAUAAAGUUAAUCCAAGCAGGAUUUUAACCUGAGUCUUCAAGUUAGGACAACUUUUAAGUUCUGCUGUCUCAGAAAUGCAAGUUUUGCACCAAACUUGAUCAUUCAAGUUAGCAAAACUCUUUUUACAAAGAUAACAGUGUUAACUUGAUGAGUUGUGAAUAGUCAAAAAUAAAAUUACUGAUGAAAACUUGAAAAUUUGAGUUGUGCUUAUUUAUAAUCUUAGUAUAACUUUUUGGAAGUUUUAUAGUUUUACAGGGCAUAUUUGAUUUGGACGUAAAUUCAAAAUAAAGUGGUGUCUUGAGAUAUGAGACUAUGUUUUGACAA